AUGGACAGCUCCAGCCUGUUGCAGAGUAAUAGAUCUAGUUUUGGAGUCUCAGAAAACUGGAAAACUGUAAUUGGGAUAUACUUGCUCACUCUAGGUUGGCUUUCUUGGCUUGGCAAUGGAGCAGUCAUCUUCAUCAUGUACAACAAGAGAUAUUCCUUGGAUCCUCAUGACUUUCUUACCUUCAAUCUUGCUGUCUCAGAUGCAAGCAUUUCAAUUUUUGGUUACUCAAGGGGUAUUCUGGAGAUAUUUAAUAUUUUUAGAGAUGAUGGCUUUCUUGUAACUUCCCUUUGGACUUGCCAGGUGGAUGGAUUUUUAAUAUUCCUUUUUGGUCUAGUCAGUAUCAAUACCCUAACAGCUAUCAGUAUUAUCCGAUAUGUUAAAGGAUGCCAGCCUCAUCACGCCCACAAAAUUGACCGGAAAAACAUUGCAUUAAUUAUGCUCAUGGUAUGGAUAGCAGCCCUGUUUUGGUCCACUGCCCCACUCUUAGGCUGGGGUAGUUACACAGAUCGCAAAUAUGGAACAUGUGACAUUGAUUGGAUGAAGGCAACAUUUUCUGCAAUCUACAAGUCCUAUGUAAUUGGAGUGUUUAUAUUUGGUUUUUUCAUCCCAGUUUCUAUCAUGAUAUUCUGUUAUGUAUCCAUAGUAAGAACAGUUAGAUCGAGUCACAAGGCCACAAGAGGAAGAGAAAUCAGCCAAAAGCAACGGAUCAUGGAAAGAAAUAUCACACAGGUGUCAUUAGUAAUUUGUUCAGCCUUUCUCUUGGCAUGGUCUCCUUAUGCGGUCAUCUCCAUGUGGACAGCAUGUGGAUUUCAGGUGCCUGCACUCACCAAUGUCCUAGCCAGCCUUUUCGCCAAAUCUGCCAGUUUUUACAACCCAUUCAUCUAUAUUGGCAUGAGUUCUAAAUUCCGUAAAGACAUCGUAACCUUGUUUCGCUGCCUCAAAAGAGACAAGUAA